AGUCAUCACGUGACGACCAACAUAUACAGUCGGCGCUGCGUUUGAAUUUGAAAACGUUUCAGUCAGAGUUUCGAUGUGUGUCUUUGCCUCAUCUCACCCUGAAAUCACGAGUCCGCCAUGAAGUUUAAUAUGAAAAAGGCGAGACCGCUCUUGGCAUGGAUGAACACCAUGUUUCCAGAGAAGCAUGUCUGGGAGUUCGUUCCCAUGAGAGAUGGGCUUCGGCUCCUGAAGAUCUGCUUCAAACUAAGGGGAUCCGAGAACACUGAGGAUUUUAAGACUUUAUCACUUUACAAGAAAAUGGAGAUAAUUUUCAGUGUCUUGCAUGAUGAUUUUCACCUCACCAAAAGACAGAGUUCCCUCAUCUUACAGAGGAUCAGUGGAGGGAUUGACCUGGAGCUUCAGCUUGCUAAGGUGGCGCUUUUGCUUUGUUACUGCACUUUUAAGAAGGGCAUUCUGCUCCCAAUGGAUUCAGAUGUAGAGUCGGACGUUACAUCCAUGUUUCGUUUUGUAAAAGAGGAUGCUGAUGGUCUGAGUUUAGAGGAAGGCCUAGAUCAGUUUCUAGCCCAAGACUCUUUUAUGAACGUUGUGAACUCUAGCAGUGGAAGCAUUAGGAGCUCACCGUUAUACACAGAUGACGAGUCUCCGAUCGUAAACCGGUCCCAACGGCCUCCCAGAGUUCAGUUUCAAGAGCUUUGUACAGUAGCUUCCAGCUCAGACGGCUCUCCAGUGCAGGAUGUUAUGAGCACGCCGCAUUUCCAGCUGAAGAAACUCCGGAAGGAAUUGGCACAUGAGGGAGACGUGAGAGACGAGCUGGAGAAAGAACUGACCAAUCAGAUCUGCAUCAUCUCAGAGAAGGAGGGUGUGAUUUCACAGUUACAGCACCGGGUGGAGCGAAUGCUGCGGGAACAAGGAGAGCUGGAGAAGGAGCAUAAAGCUGCACUUCUGGAGCUCCAGGAGAAGAACGAGAGUCUUCUUCACAGAGUGCAUGAGGUUCUAAAGCAAUGCCAAGACUUAAAAACAGACAACUCCCAAAAAGAAAGAAAGAUUGAUGAACUGACAGAGGAGAAUGGAUCACUCACUGCACAGGUGCGCAAUGUCUUCGCUCAGCUGGCAAGCGCAGAAGAGGAAGUUGCCAAACUCACGCUGGCUCACGAAUCUGCACAGACCGAGUGGAAGAGCAGAAAAGAGUUUCUGGAGAAGGAGCUAAAUGAGGCCGUCACACACAAGGAGAGUAUGAGUGAGCAGGUUCAGAUACUUCAGGGAAAGAUCUCCGUUCUGGAAGAUGAACUACAGAGAGCUCAAUCUCAAGAGAAAGGAGAGGUUUUGGGGCCCAUCAUGGAGUGGGAGAAGCUUAAACAGGAGUUGUCAGAUCUGACUCUUAAACUCGCUCAGCUUCAGGAUACGAUUUCCCAUCUUGAGAAGGAGAAGGCAGAAGUUAAGGCUUUGUUGGCUGAGGAGAGAGGCUCUUUUGAAAAGGAAACCAAAAGACUCCAAAUGGUGGUGUUCGAUCUGGAGCAGUCCAUCAAUAGCAUCCGUUUGGAGAGAGAAACAUUGCAGGAGGCUUUUCGGACACAGAAGGAAAUGCUUACCACACAGAUAUCAGCUCUGGAAAGUGAUGUUUCUCGCCUGCAACAGGUGGAAGUGGAGUUGACAGCAGAGAUCAAAAUCUCUGCAGACCUUCGCCAACAGAGAGAGGAGCUGGAGGGGAAGGUAGCCUCUUUAGAUAAGAUGGUUCAUGCUUUGCAUACUGAGAUCCAGGGUUUGGAAAUGGAAAGGGCAUCACAGCAGGAUGCUCUGAAUGCCCUUAUUGUUGACUUGCAAAGUGCAAGAGCCACAAUUCAAGAUCAUGAGAAGAAGCUGGAAGAGCAUCAGAAAGUGGUGCAAGAAAAUGAAUCUCUGAAAAAGGAAACAUGCACAUUGCAGCAAGGUCUUGAUGAGCAUCUGCAGUCCAUUGGAGACCUUCAGGAGCAAAUAAAUAUUCUCAGACAGGAGAAAACAGAGGAGGAGAACAAAGUUAGUCAGGCUUCGACCAAAAUCAAGAGCCUCCAAACACAAAUUCUGGAUCUGUCCCAACAGAUUUCCCUAAAAGAUGAGGAAAUCAGAAAUCUGAGGAGCGAGUAUGACAAUGUAGGGCACGAGCUGAGGCUUGUUAAGGAACAAAAUAUUGAAAUAAAUGAAAUGAUCAAAUCAAAUCGCAAAGAGCAUGAGGACACCGUUAAGAAACUUCAGCAAGAGCUUGACUCUGCUUCUUCACUUGCUUCAGAAAAACAAGAAGAAAUGCUGGUUUUGUCAGUGGAGGUAACAACUCUUAAAGAGCAGAUCUGUCGUUACAGUGAAAAUGAAGUGAAGAAACAGCAAGAAUUGUCUGUUUUAGAGGCUCAACACAAUGUGUUGAAGGGAAACAUGACUUCUAUUCAGAACCAGUUGGCUGAGGUGACAGCUACAGCUUCACAGAAGGAAUCUGAACUCCUCUUGCUUCAACAGGAGCUUUCCCAUCAAGCGACCCUGAAAGAAAAAGCUCUGGAGCUUGAGGCAGUCAAGGGUGAAGAGUUUGAGAAAAAGUUGAGUGAGCUUCAGGCCAAAAUUGUUGAAGUCUCCACUCUUGCCUCUCAGAGAGAGGCUCAAAUAAUUUCCCUUCAAAAUGAGAUGAAAGAUCAACAAUUGUGUGCCAAACAGUCUGAAGAGGAUCUUCGCAGAGAAUUGGAGCAGAAGGUUGGCACACUACAAGGAGAACUGGAUACAGUCAAUCGUUGUGUUGUGGAUAAAGACAAACUGCUGGGCUCUUUGGAUCAAAAGCUCAAAGAGAUGGAAGGGCUUUUCCAUCAAAAAGAGAAAGAUGUCCUUGAAAUGCAUCAGGCAAAGGAGGAACUGGAGAAGAGGAUCGUUGAGCUAAAUGUUGAGACGCAACAGCUUUCUGAGUGCCAGCAUAAUCUGGAAAUAUUAAGCAAGGAAAGAGACCACUUGUCAACUGAAGUGAUUUCUCUUAAAGCGGAAAUUCGUGGCUACCAGGACACUGAAGUGCAGAAGCAACAGGUGAUAUCCGUUUUAGAAGUUGAACGCAACACGUUAAAGGAGAACAUGGCUGUCCUUGAGAAGAAGUUGGUGGAGGAAACAACUGCAGCUUCACAGAAACAUUCUGAACUUCACCAGCAAGAGAGUCUUAGAGAAAAGGCUCAGGAGCUUGAGACUGCCAAGCGUGAGGAACUUGAGAUAACGGUUAAUGAACUUCAAGCUAAAAUCCUAGAGCUCUCCACACUAGCCUCUGAGAGGGAGGCUUGUGUUAAUUCUCUUCAAGAUCAGUUGAAUGCUAAACAGUCUGAAGAUGAUAUCCGUAAGGUGUUAGAAGAGAAAGUUGCAUCCCUUCAGGGACAACUGGAAACUGCCAGUCGAGACGUCUCGGACAAAGACCAGCUUCUGAAGACUUUAGAUCAGAAGCUGAAGCAAAUGGAUCUGCUGUGCCAGCAAAAGGAGAAAGAUGUCCAUCAGGUGAAGGAGGACUUGGAGAAGAAGAUUGGCGAGCUUGUUGUUGAGAAACAUCAACUGGUAGAGUGCCAGCAGAAUUUGGAAACUGUGAGAAAGGAAAGAGAUAACCUGUCAACUGAAGUAACCUCACUCAAAGAUGAAAUCCGACAUUAUCAGGAAAAAGAAGUGCAGAAGCAACAGGAGAUUUCUGUUUUAGAGGUUGAACGUAACACACUAAAGGAGAACCUGGCUACUUUCAAGACACAAGUGGCAGAGUUGACAACCACAGCUUCUCAGAAGGAAUCUGAGCUUCUGUUGCUUCGAAAGGAAGUUUGCGAACAAGAUAACCUUAAAGAAAAGUCUCAGAAGCUUGAGAAAGAUGUAAGAGAACUUCAAGCUAAAAUACUACAGGCCUCCACUCUUGCCUCCGAGAGGGAAGCUCAAUUAAAUUCUCUUAAAGAUGAAAUAAAUGAUAAGCAGUUAAGGGAAAAACAGUCUGAAGAUGAACUCUGCAGAGUGCUUGAAGAAAAGAUUGCAACCCUACAGAAACGACUAGAAACUUCCAGUUGUGACGUCUUAGACAAAGACCAUCUUUUGCAGUCCUUGGAGCUGAAGCUGAAACAAGUGGAACUGCUCUGCCAACAAAAGAAGAAAGAAGUCCUUGAGACCCAACACUCAAAGGAAGACCUGGAGAAGAAGAUUGGUGAGCUACUUGAUGAGAAACAACAAAAACUGGAGGAGUACCAGCAGAAUUUGGAAAUGGUGAGAAAGGAAAGAGAAACCCUCUCAACUGAAGUCCUUGAGAUCAAACACUCAAAGGAAGACCUGGUGAAGAGAAUUGGUGAGCUUCUUGUUGAAAAAAGGGGGUUCCAGGAGGAUUUGGAAAUCAUGAGAAGAGAAAAGGACAACCUAUCAACACAAGUAACCUCUCUUAAAGAUGAAAUCCAAAGUUACCAAAAUGAAGUGCAGAAGAUUUCUGUUUUAGAGGAGGAGAAUCAGGAACUCCUGGAGCAGCUGAAGACAAAGUCAGAAGUAGUAGAGCACUACAAAGCACAGGUGGAGAAGGCUGUGAGUCACUACAACAGUAAAAAGCAACUGCUGGUGGAGGCCCAGGAGUUGAAUAAAACUCUCGAGCACUCGUUGGAGGCCAGCAAGAGUGAAGUCAAAGUUCUGGAGACGAAACUGACACAGGCUUGUAUGGAACUCAACCAGGCGAGCACCAAGGAGAAAAACCUGUCGACCAAAGUGAAAAGCUUGGAAGCACAAGUGGACUUUGCUGACAGGCAACUGCAAGAGCAGAAGAUGAUGACUAAUGACAAAGAGAACAUGAGACACCGAGACAGUCUGUACACCCGAGUCCAGGAGAAACAGCAGGACAUCAGUACAGACAGCUUGGAGUUUGAGCCAAACGAUUCGUUCAACGCUAACAGUCAUUCGUCUAUCCUGGGUGAAUCCAGCACUCCACUGGUACGUAGUUCUGAGCGUUUGGCUGCUAAACGUCGUGCCUUGGGGACUGAAUCCCUGGAGACUCUCUAUUUCACACCUAUGGGUCAACAAGACAACAAGCGUAAAGGGUACCAGAACAACGACUUUGAGCACAAACUAGCGUCCAGCAUCACUUCCAUUGGCGAUCUUGUGGUUGACUCUGCAAAGAAGCCCACUGCUUCGGCUCGCAGGCGUCGUACUACACAGGCUAUCAACAUCACCAUGGCUAAGAAAACAUCAGGAUGUGCCGAAGGCGAGGAGUCAUUUUAUAGUCUGCACUCUGCCCAAUCUCAGCCCAACUUGGCAGGCCAACAUUCACGGCUGUUCUCCAUGGACCUCUCAGAGGAAAAUGCUACAGCAACUUUAUCAAGAGCAGACACCCUUCAGCGUCUUCCCGGUUAUCGCAGAAGCACCGUGCACAAUGCUGGCCUGCCAGGAGCCACCAGUACGUUCUGUAUUGGAGCAGAGAAUGAACCUGAACAUGCUGCGGAGGACUGGAUGCGCAUCGCCGAGCUACAGUGGCGAAACCAAGCCUGUCUGCCUCACCUGAAGAGCAGCUACCCGCUGGAGUCCAGGCCCAGCCUGGGACCCUCAUUCACUAUAACGGAUGAGGACUUACGAAUGGGUGACCCGAGUGAGACGAUCCGACGUGCGUCCAUGAUGCCAGGUCAGAUCCAGGAGUCCCUGAACAAUCGCCGCUUCUCCCUUGUGCCAAGUUCGAGCCAGAGCUCUGCCAACUCCAGGCCCCAGCGUGCCACCAUGCUGCCGGGUCAGAUCCAGUCCAGCACUGCUGCUCACCGGCUCAAAAAAACAAGCUCAAACCUACGUGCUUCGGAAAAUAAACGCAGCCCACUGGCUCCCAAACGCCCCGGCUCUCAACUACAAGCCCCAGACACACCUGAGAUGAAGAAGAUGACAAGUUGCUUUCCGCGACAAAUGACCCCUAAAAGCAUGUUCGGCAGCAGUCAAAACAAGCCUCCGAAGUCGCCGGCCGAACGAAGGCAAUCUGUGAUGUUCACGGUUGUAAAUACUCCAAAGAACAGCGGUCGUGGUGACAGCAGGCUGCAGCGUGGCCUCAACAAGCUACGAAACAGCGCUCGUAAAUCUCCCGCCGUGGCCAGUCGUGCCCUGCGUUCAGCUGCGGGCGCCAAGUCUCCUCUGGACUCCACUCUGAGAAAGUCUCCCCGAAACAAAUCCCCCAAAUCCUCCAAUGCCAAAAAGGAAACACAGUGACUCGCUCCGCUGAAGUAUUUAACUACGAAGAUCAGGAUUAAGCUGUAAAUUUGAGGAUUUUUAAAUCCAAAACCACCCGUGUCCUUUUCUUUAUUUUUAUUUGCUUUGCUUUUCUCUUUUCAAAUAAAUUAUUUUUUAUUAUGGGAUGCAGUGGUCUUAAUUACUGUCUUGUUUAUGCAACUGGCUGUAUAAUAUUUAAGUGUAUUCCUUGUUCUGUAAUAAAGUCUAUUAUAUUAA